AAUUAAACUUGUUAGCAAUGGCAAGUGAAGAUUUGUUUCGGAAUGAAUACUCCGAGGAGCCCGACCUGGGACAGGACAUUCGAAAAGAUGAAGAAAUGAAUAUAGAAACUGCUGAACACGACACUAAUGAUGUUGAGCAGGCGACUGGGCAAAACAGCACAAACAGCUCCCCAAAUGUGGAUCUGCCGGCUGCCACAAGUCCGGCGCAGACAAAACCAAAUGCUGUAACCAAUGGCAAUAAGCCCUCAGAGCAUGAACACGAUGCUAAACUUACGCAGUUGCCGAUGGCUCGCAUUCGGAACAUCAUGAAACUGGAUCCAGAUCUUCAAAUUGCAUCAAAUGAAGCCGUCUUUGCAGUAACAAAAGCCGUUGAGUUAUUUAUCGAAUCUCUAGCGCGUGAGGCCUACACCUACACAGCGCAAGCCAAGAAGAAGACGAUACAAAAGAGAGACGUAGAUCUCGCCAUAUCCGCUGUGGAUAGUCUUAUGUUCUUGGAUGGUGCAUUGAAUUUUUGAAGGACCCCUAACAAAGAUAGUCCAUUGUGAUAUACUUAUUUUAAACUCUGUAUUACGUUACGCUGCUUGUUCUCCUUGAAUAUCUAAAGGAAAACGCUAUUUGGUUGGUUCUA